AUGACCUCGCUCCCCCUCCACGAAGCAGACAUGAAGCCCAAGCAGUCCAUCACCGCCACAAACCUCCCCGCCCACACCCAGGACCCCGCCGUCGUCGCCGCCUCGCUCAACAAGCUCGUCGACCAGUCCGCGCAGCACGCCGACGUCCGCCACGGCAUCCACGCGCCCAUGCACAGGCUCGCCGAGCUCCCCUUCGUCCACAAGCUCAUCCCCGGCCUCGAGAGGCUCGCCACGGAGGCCCAUGUCGGCAACUAUGUCAUCGAUCGCAAGACCGGCCAGCGGUUCUGGGAGAGCAUGCCCAUCUACCCGAGACUCGGCAUGCACUUGCUGUUCUACGGCGGCGAGCAGCGCAAGAUCCUUCAUAACAAAAGCAUCGAGUCCAUCCUCGAAGAGCUGUCCGUCCGGCAAGGCCGCAUCUACGACUCGCCCGAGUCCGUCAAGAGCAUCCCCUCGUUCAUCGAGACGUACACCAUCGCACUCGACGAGCUCCUCGAGCCCGACCCAACAAAGUACCCCACCAUGAACGAGUUCUUCUACCGCCGGCUCAAGCCCGCCGCGCGCCCGGUCGAGAACGCAGACAUCCCCGGCGCGAUAUGCAGCGCGGCGGACUGCCGGCUCGUCGUCUACCCCUCGGUCGACCUCGCGAAGAAGUUCUGGAUCAAGGGCAACGAGUUCACGAUCCCGCACCUCCUCGGGGUCCCGCCCGACUCCGCGCAGGCGCGCGCAUUCGAGGGCGCGGCCGUCGCGGCCUUCCGGCUCGCCCCCGCGGACUACCACCGCUUCCACAGCCCGCUCGACGGCACCGUCGGCGAGAUCACCGACAUCCCCGGGCAGUACUACACCGUGAACCCGCAGGCGGUGAACGAGCCCGGGUUCGACGUGUUCACGGCGAACAAGCGCGCCGUGCUCUACCUCACGCACGCCGCGUCUGGGAAGCAGGUCGCGUUCGUCGCCAUCGGCGCCAUGCUCGUCGGCUCGAUCAGGUGGACGGGCGGCGCGCGGAAGGGGGGCGCCGUCGCGCGGGGCGACGAGCUCGGGCACUUCGCGUACGGCGGGAGCACCGUCGUGUGUCUCUUCCCCGCGGGCCUCGUCGCGUUCGACGAGGACCUCGUGAGGAACUCGAGCGGGGAGGAGCUGGUGGAGACGUAUGUGAAGGUUGGGCAGUCCGUUGCGAAGGUGAACCUGUAG